AUGCACGCACGUGACUGGUUUCUAGUGUUCAUUGCGAUCUUUCUACCUCCUGUAGCAGUUUGGAUAAAGAGAGGCUUCUUCACCAAAGAUUUUCUGCUUAAUGUGCUAUUGUUCCUUCUAGGAUUCUUCCCAGGUUUGAUUCAUGCCCUAUGGGUUAUUUCAAAGCACCCAUACGAAAGUGAAGGUGAUGUAUUGAGCCGCGGCCAGGGAUACGGCUCUAUGUCAUAA